AUCACCAACUUGAACGUGGGGUCCUCCAGUCCAGUCUCACACUGCAGUAUAACUAAAUUAAUACUAAGAUGGCCCUUUGUAUGAUAUGAGAGUGUAACAUGGAAUAUAGGCUAUCGUUUCCUUGACAUUUAGAAUAAAUUGCAACCUCACUCGUAAUAGCCCACAUGCAAACAGCCUGUUCGGAAUGCCAAAAAUGAACUUCUCUCCACUGCUCUUCCUGUGCAUGGAUGUGUGUGUGGUGCAGACAGUCGCUUGGCCCAACUCUCCCCUCUCCUCCUCCCCCAUCCCCUCAUCACCUUGUGGGGUGGAAGCCUGCUCCGUGCUGGCCUCCACCUCUUUCUCAGCUUCACGUUCCCUGGAAGUCCCCUAUGGAUGAGCAGCUUCGAGGGGCUCCAGAGCAUGGGGGUCCUCUGCUUCCAUUGCCCAAUCUACAUCAGCCUUCUCUGGGCAUGUGGCCAGUCCAUCCUGGGGCCGCUAUGGGGAUGGCACUCCUGGCAGGGGCUACCUCAGGGCUACUGCGUAACAGUCGUAGCAUGGUUGUACUGGACACGCUACGUCCCUUCUCUUCUUACCAAGCCCACCAAGGAACCACAGAAGAAGACUGGGGCAUCUCUAGAGAAACUGAUGGCAUACAUGAAGCCUUAUAUCAUACGCUUUGGAGUCAUGCUGAGUCUUGUCGUCAUCUCUUCCCUUGUGCUGUGUGUGACCUCAUCUACAACAUCACCAUGAGUCGCAUACACACCUCCAUCCAGCGCCUAGGCUUCCAGUCGGUGCUGAAGCAGGAGAUCGCUUUCUUUGACAAAGCUCAGACAGCUGAGUCAUAUCUCAUUGCAAUCUACAGGUGACCUUGUGUCACGCAUCACCACGGACACCAACGACAUGAGUGAGUCUCUGAGUGAGAAGUUGAGUCUGCUGAUGUGGUACUUCAUGCGGGUCACUUUCCACUUCAUCUUCAUGCUCAAUCUCUCCUGGAAGCUGUCACUCUUCACCGCUAUGGGGCUUCCUAUCAUCUGGGUCAUACCAAAGAUACCCGGCAAGUGGUUCCAGGUACAGGAAAUCAGACCUUUUCUGACCUAUUGUUGUGGAAGUAGCCUGGUCCCAGAACUGUUUGUGCCUUUUGAACAAGCAGAACACAGGCUUCCAGCGCAAAGAAGGGGAGGAGCUAAACAACUAAAACAGAGGCUCUAAUCCCAUGACACUCCUCAAUGUAAACAGAAAUCCCACUUCUGCCACCAUCUCACAUUUUCAACAUUAUUACCUACUAGUUCUACUGCAUCGCAUAUGUUUAACAAAUACUCUGAGAUCAUAGCAUCAAACUGUUGUUAAAUUAUCAUAUUCCCCUCACUGAUUACAAUAAGAGUCCUGUAAUAUAAGAGGUUUCAUACAAAGAGCACAUUUCUAUGUUAAACUUUCUAUUUGCGCUAUAGUGUAACUAAAGUAUUCUUUCUGCCCCAAAUGCCUUUUGUAUUUAUUUUUACAUUUAUUUUUGUUAAAUUGUUCUCCCACUUUUGUGUUCUAACUAUAUAGUGUAAAUAGGGAUCCCAAAGAAUGUUUUGUUUUUCUGUCUCUUCAAGGCAGUACAAUACAGGAGCCUUUUUCUGUUCUGUGUUAAUGACAAUAAAU